AUUGAUGGGAGAUUUUUGUUCUCUAGGGUUUUAGUUUUCUCAGGCUCUUUCUUCGCAGGGAAAGAGAGCCAUGUCAGAUCAUGUAAACGGAGCAGUAACUUUCAUCAAGGACACGCAAGCACGGAUAAAAGAUCUCUCCGCAAGAAGAGACGAGCUAAUGAGAGAGACUGGUGACCCUACUAGUCAAACUGGAUCCGGAUCCGGAUCUGGGUCAAGUAGAUCGGAACCAGCUAGUGUCAUGGUGCAACAGUGCGUGAGCGGCUUCGAGGUGGUUGUGAGCAGCUCAGCUUCAGGUCUUGAGGCUUGGCCACUCUCAAGAGUUCUUGAAGUUCUUCACGAACAAGGACUUGAAGUCAUCAGCUCUUUAACCGCACGAGUCAACGAGAGGCUCAUGUACACUAUACAAGUCGAGGUAAAUAGCUUUGAUUGCUUCGACUUAGCUUGGUUGCAGCAGAAGCUAAUUGAGGAAUUAGUACUUUCCACGACCAGGCACUGAAAAAAUCUAACAUUUUUCAUAAGAAUAUGUUCAUUGAGUGAUGUUUUGUCCCAAUCUCUUUAUUUUAGUGUCCAUAAAGGUGUGUUCUUCUUGGUCCUUCACUACUUGGAGUGAAUUUUUGUGUGAAGAUGAUCUGGUUCGUUAGAUUGAAUUAGCAAAUUUUAAACUUUCGUUCAUGCUUCUUUAUAUAUGAGUAUAGAUAUAUAAUCUUUUGUCUUAAAGGAUUUAUUCGAGUGCAUCAACAAAACAAAAAUAUAGUGAUGUGCCUGAU